AAUUCAUAAAGAAUCAUAUAAGCUCCUAGUCCUAUACCACCAUGUUAUAUGUCAAUCACUCAAAAUUCUUGCUUUACUAACAACUACGUCCUCUAUCUGUCAUGGAAAGAGAUCAUACCAAUAUUGAGAAUGAUGCUCAUCAUAACAUGCUAAUUAGCUCUUCUUCUGUUACUUCCACCACCGCCACUGCUUCUCCUUCCUCCAUGAUAUACUCGUUUUCGGAUUCUGAUCAUCAAAACGAGAGAAGUUGUUCCAAAAAUAGUGAUAAUGAGAAGAAGAAAAGGCAAAGGAGUAGUGAUAUUGGUGAAGGCAAGAAGCAUCCGACAUACCGUGGAGUACGCAUGAGAAGUUGGGGCAAAUGGGUGUCUGAAAUCCGAGAACCAAGGAAGAAAUCAAGAAUAUGGCUUGGAACAUACCACACAGCUGAAAUGGCUGCUCGAGCCCAUGAUGUAGCUGCCCUCGCCAUCAAAGGCCGCUCCGCUUACCUUAAUUUCCCUCAACUCGCUAAACUACUUCCCCGCCCUGCCAGUACCUCCCCCAAGGACGUCCAAGCAGCCGCUUCCCUAGCGGCCGCCUCUACAUUUCUCGACACAAGGCGGUGCAACAUCGAAGCUGAAGCUGAAGCUAGCAAAGAAGAUGAAGUUCCUCCCUCAAAUUUAUCGCAAGCUUCAAGUUCACCCUCCAUCGAUGACGAUGAUACCUUGUUCGAUCUGCCUGAUCUCAUGAUCGAUGUCACGGAUCGAAGCGACGGAUUUGGGUCUUACUCUUCAACAUGGCAAAUAUGUGCAGUCGAUGCUGGGUUCCGGAUUGAGGAGCCGUUCUCCUGGGACUACUACUAGAAAAUCAAACAACAUAUUUCAUGAUAAUAUAUAUCGAUUUUUUUUUUAUGGUCAAUAGCUUCCAAAAUUCUUCGUCUGUUUACAUAAUAAUCCACUGCAUUCCCUUUGCAGAAGGAAACCAGUCAAGAAAAAAAAACUCGCUUUUCGAUCGUGAAUUUAGUUUCUUUUCUAUUUUGGUUCAGAAAAAAAGAAAAAGAAAAAAAGGAAGUAGCAACAAUAUCGUAACAGGUUUUCUACAGUUGAUAUGAGAGAUAAAAAGGUUAAAUCUCUACUGUAACUAUAAGCACAGACGAUAUAUAUUUAUAAACAGUUAAUAAAUGGCGAGUUCUUCUUUAA